AUGGAUUCAUUAUUGCAGAGCUCUGUAGCCAUUGCCCGACAGUUAUGUAAAACUUAUACGAAUGUAACAGCCACUAAUAUGAAGGAAUUGCUCGAUGAGAUUGUCACAUUUUUAAAUAACACAGACAACCAAACGGAUGGCUUACAUGUUCUUACCACCGUUUGUAAUGAGUUGGCAUCAAUUCAUGCAUUAAAAUUAUUCGAUGAUGUACAUAUUAUGAAACAUACAUUUUUUAUUAUUCUUGGGCGUACAUUUGAAAUGUUACUUACGAAAGCAGCAUUCAUUCCUUUGACGAAACAAGACGAACAAUGUUUCUAUGAAACGAGUAAUCUGAUCGUCAAUUUGUGCUUGUACAGAAAUGAAUCAUUAUCAUGUUUCUAUACUCGUAAUAAUAACGAUUUGAGUUCAAUUUAUGAGACACCAAUCGAAAACAUAUCGUACGAGAAACUAUUUUUGACAAAAUCAUUUUUUGAUAAACUCACUCGAAUCAUAGCCAAUGAUUUAGCUAUUAAUGACUAUGAACCAUAUCAUGUAAAAUACAAAGUUAUUGGCCAUCUACUUUACCUCUGUACAGAAUUAAAUAAUAUUAAUCAAAGUGUACUACUUGAUCCUGUCGUUCAAUGUUUACGCUCACAUUUUUAUCUCAAUGCGUACGAAACGAUUGAUCUUCGACAACCAAUUGUCAACCCGAAGCAAUGGUUUUUCAUUCAUCAAUGUCCACAAUUUAUCCGUCUUCAUAGUUACCAACGGCACGAUGAAAUAUCGAAUGCACUAUGUGAAUUAAUGUUGGAAUAUAGUAACAAAAUUUUUGAACAACAUUUACCAAUAUUAUUAGAAGGUGAAACUAUAGCAAGUCGAGUGAAUCGUACUGGAAACAUUAUCAAGAAUGAUCAAGGUGCAAAGGUACAGGCAAUCGGUUGGCAUAUUGCAUUAUUGAAUCAUUUUGCUUUAACACCAACAGCAAAAAUACAUUUUAUUACAGAUGUUCAUCAACCAAUAAUUGAUCAAAUGAUUAGCAUAUUACGUACAGAAUCACUAGUCGCAAGUGUUUAUAAAAAAUAUGAAUUCUUCCAUGCUGAUGUUGAUCUUAUAUCAUGGACAAUAACACUAUUGUAUAAUUUGACGUUCGAAGAGAAAAUUUUUCUUCUACUGAAAGAGAAAAAAUUAGGAGAAACUUGUGCAGUUUUGCACAACGCAGAAAAUAGAACAAUACAAUUUGCAUCACAAACGCUGUCUGUAAUAUUAAAUCAAGAGAAUAUUGACGAAAUCAGUAAUCCAUUGAAUAUGGCACAAAAUUAUCUAUUCUAUAUAGAAAAUACAAUAAAUGAACAAUCGCUUACCUAUCAUGGAAUAAAAUUAGAUGGUGUCUUGGCCAACCUUGAAGUCAUUGCACAAAAUGAUCGCAUAAAAAAAGAAAUUGCCGAUGCUGAUGACGGUAUAUCAUUACUUGCAAAAUGUGUAUUUGAUCAAAGCCUGGACUUUGAAACCAUUCGAUGUCCGGUCCUACGGAUUAUCGAAGCCAUAUCAUUUGGUAACGAGAAUGCUUGUAAAAAGAUUAAUAACAAUGAAAAAUUGAUGCAACAUGUCAAGCAUUUAUCUCUAACGAAUGAUCCAACGUUAGGACCAACAGCGAAUCGUAUCCAAUGGAAAGUGGAAGAUGAGAAAAACUUCAUUUUACAGCAAACAAAGGAAAAAGUAACACAAGAACAGGGAGAAACAUUAGUGAAAGCCUUUGACGAAAAACAACCAACUUAUCAACAAAGUAGUGUUAGCUAUCAUUGGGAUUUGCCGGAUAGUAGAACAUCGGAUACGUUCGAUUUGAUGAUCAGUUAUCAUUAUAGUGAUAAAGAAAUUUGUGGUCAAAUUUAUAAUCGUUUAACGGCAUCGAGCUUCUAUCGAAUUUUUUUCGAUAAAGAAUAUGGUCAUGAAAUGUUACCCAAUGCGAUGGCUGAAGCAAUGGAAAAGUCAUGUAUAAUUCUAAUAUGUUUUUCAAGUAAAUAUCGAGAAUCAUAUGGAUGUCGAAUGGCCGCUGAAUAUGCCGAAAAACGGCAUCGAACAAUUAUUCUAGUGAAAUUAGACGAAACAUAUUGUCCCACUGGAUGGUUAAAUGAUAUAGUAGCGAAUAAACCUUGUAUUGAGUUCAAAGAAUCCAGCUUCAGUAACUCUUAUGCGCACUUGAUUCAGCAAAUCGAUCACGUCAAAAUGAAAGCCAACGUAAGAUAG